UAGUGAAGACUAACAAACAGCCAUAAACAAACAUAUCCUGCCAGACAGUUGACUCUGGUCUAAGUGCUGCAAGGCCGGAAGCGGAAGUGUCUUUCAUUUAUCGUUCGAGUUUCAGUAUCACCACGCAGAUCCAGAAGCAAACAGUGUCGCUUAUAUUCCACAAACCUCUGAGGUGUACUAAAUUCAGCAGCCAAGAUGUUUAACAGAAUGACAAGCUUGUGGAUGGGUGAUUUAGACCCAUACAUGGACGAGAGUUUCAUCAAGCAAGCUUUCAGCACGAUGGGGGAGACGGCCUACAAUGUCAAAAUAAUUACACAUCGAGUUACCGGAGGUUCUGCUGGAUACUGUUUUGUGGAGCUGGCAGAUGAAGCCAGUGUUGACCGUUGUGUCCAGAAACUCAAUGGGAAGCUGGUUCCAGGAUCAAAUCCGCCCAGGAAGUUCAAGCUUAACUAUGCAACAUAUGGGAAAAGGCCAGAGCCUGGUCCAGAAUUUUCUGUCUUUGUUGGAGACCUUACUUCAGAAGUGGAUGACUACCAGCUUCAUCAGUUCUUUUUGAAAAAGUUUCCCUCAUGCAAAGGAGCCAAAGUUGUGACUGAUCCCUAUGGGAACUCCAGGGGUUAUGGCUUCGUGAAGUUUAGUGACGAGAACGAACAGAAGAAAGCCCUUGAGGAGUUUCAGAAUGCAUCGGGCCUUGGAGGAAAACCCAUCAGGAUCAGCAUCGCUGUCAACAAAGGCAACAAAUCAAACAAUUACCACAACCAGAAUCACAAUUACAACAGCAAUUACCAACAGCAGUACUAUCAACAGCCCUACAACAGUUACUAUCCGCAGUGGGGCUACGAUCAGUACAACAGUUACAACUACGGAUAUAACCCUUAUGCUACCCCCCCUCCAGUUCCACAUGGGAUGAUGGGACCGCCCCCGCCCAUGGGGAUUCCCCCCAUACCCCCUGACAUGCAUGCAUCCACAGAGCAGUCACAUGACACCACUGAGGAUGCUGAUGAGGACACUACAGAAGACCCAAACCCACAGGUGGAUGUGGAUGCACUAAACAAGCAGUACAUGGAGCGCAGUGAGGAGCUCUAUGAUUCGCUAAUGGAUUGCCAUUGGCAGCCACUGGACAGCGUCACAUCUGAAAUUUCUGUGGUAAAUGGCUCCUUGACUGUCUAAACCAAAUUUGUAUGCCUUCUGAAGGAACAUGCCUUUUUUAUUAUGCUCUGAGCGAGUUUUCAGAGAAUGUUCUUUCUUCCUUUCCGCCUUUUUAUUUGGAGCUUUAUCCUAGCAGGCAACGUUUUUUUUCUUUGUGUGUCCAUGACCUUUUGUUUAAAAGUGAUGUAGUCUAGGUUUUGUUGUAUAGAUUACUUUUAUUUUAAAAGGGAUGGAUAGCAACUGCUUCAGUACUGUCAUUUUUAAACAGGUGCAAUUCUUGCUAUUGCCUUAUUAAACUUUUCCAUAAGAAAUUCACAGUUAAUACUCAUGAAUUAAGCAUGCUUUGUGGGUAUAAAACUUGUGUGAUCCAGACAAGAAUUUUGUAUCCCUUUAAAAUAAUACCCUGUUUUGUUUGAUACGACACAACUGGUGGUUUUGCAUUUAGAAACUUUUUUUCAAUAGAUUGGUUUUUAUUUUUUAUAGAUGUUUGCUAAAUGAAACACCUGGGUAAAAUUGAAUAACCCACUGACCCAGAGUUAAUGCCUGUACAGAAAUAUUACAUACUGCAGCCCUCAAAAUGACUCUUUCCUUGAAUUACAUGUGUCUGAGUAUGUCAAUUACAAGAUUCUUAUUUAAUGCUGAGCUCAUCAGAAAUCCUCUGGGUAUUUUUGUAAUAAAACCAAUUGAGAUUGUCAAGGAUGAACCUAAUAAAACAAAGUGAUAUCUCA